UUUCUUUGGGAAUAAGGCGGCCAUUACCGCCAUGACGGUUGUGUCGUCGCCAUUGCUUUGGUGUUAAAAAAUCUGAAUUGGUUUCAUUAUCCGGUCGUAUCAUGGAGCAGGAGGGCCAUCCCCACCCGUACGAUCGGCCUUCUUCAGAAUCCUCUGAUGGAUUUGCCAUGUCUUAUCGGAGUGAAGGAGAAUCAACCAAGGAGAAUGACAAAAUGAUGUCUACACCAAUAUCAAGACCUGAACCCCCUCCUAGAGAGGAACCAAUUCUUGAACCCAUCAACGGGAUUGUACAGCCUCCUGUUGUCCCCCCUCCUAAUCGUCCUGGAAGAUGCACCAAUCAGCUCCAGUACAUUCAAAAAUUUGUCAUGAAAGCAGUGUGGAAACACUCUUUUGCUUGGCCUUUUCACCAACCUGUUGAUGCCAAGAAACUUGGCUUACCCGACUAUUUCAAAAUCAUUAAAUACCCAAUGGAUCUGGGGACUGUUAAAAAGAGACUCGAAAAUAAUUACUAUUGGAGUGCCAAAGAGUGCAUUCAGGACUUUAACACAAUGUUUACCAAUUGUUACGUGUACAAUAAACCUGGAGAAGAUGUGGUUUUGAUGGCUCAGACCCUGGAAAAACUUUUCCUGACAAAAGUAGCUCAAAUGCCCAAGGAUGAGAUUGAAAUUGAAUCAACUCCAGGCAAGGCUAGCAAAUUCAAAAAAGCACCCAUCAGGGGAAGACCACCAGGGUCUACCAAAAUCAUAUUACCAGGAUUAAACCAGAUAGCUGCAGGUAUAACCAUGAACAAUGCAAUGGGUGGGCCAUCACUGAUAGGACCGCCAUCAUUACCAGUUCCUUCUUCGGCUCCUUCGGUUGGAGGGUCGUACUAUCCUGGUCCUGAAAUGCCUUUGCCUCCCAUCGUAACGACGAUGAGUAACAAUACAAGCAGCAGCUCAACAACGUCCUCUGUCCCAUCAAUGCCAUCACAUCCACCUCCUAUGCGCAGUUUACCCGCCCCAACUCUACCACCUGUACAGACCCCCUUACCUACUCCAACCCCGGCUCCGACGAUGCCCGUCCGAGGUCCGGUCAACCCAGUCCAUCCGCCGUCUGCGCAUCCCAGCGCGCCUAUGGGCGCUGGGGGGUUCCCUUCCAAUCAGGGGCCGUCAGCCCCAGGUUUGGUUGACAGCGGACAGUUGAGCAUGCACGAUUCCUCGUUACAUGGAGCUGGAGUGCUGGGUAACCACAAUCCGAGCAAAGUGAAGAAAGGCGUGAAACGAAAGGCCGAUACGACGACGCCGACCUCCAGCACACCUUACGAUUCUCCCGGCGGCAUGGUGUUGCACAGCGCUGGCAAAGUCGCCAAGAUCUCCUCACGGCGCGAGUCUGGACGACAGAUCAAGAAAGUGGUCAAAGACUUGCCCGACACGCUACCCCAACACCAUUCGAAGCCGCGUGACAAACUGCGUGAAUCGACAAAGGCCUGCAACGAGAUUCUUAAAGAACUGUUUUCAAAGAAACAUUCUGGCUAUGCGUGGCCUUUCUACAAACCAGUUGACGCUGGGUUGCUCGGGCUUCACGAUUAUCAUGACAUAAUCAAGAAGCCAAUGGAUCUAGGAACGGUCAAGGCCAAAAUGGACGGAAGGGAAUACCGAUCGGCGGCGGAAUUCGCCAGCGAUGUCCGAAUGAUUUUCACCAAUUGUUAUAAAUACAACCCGCCAGACCAUGACGUUGUAGCUAUGGCCAGGAAACUUCAAGACGUCUUCGAGAUGCGCUACGCCAAAAUACCCGACGAUGGGCCCGACGUGGAAGGAGAAUCCAUCGGAGGUGAUGACAAGUCCUCGGGAUCUGAUUUAGAAUCGGGCUCGGAAUCCGACUCUGACGGUUCGGACAGUGACGAUAGCGCACACGACGAACGAGAUCGGAAGCUUAUGCAGUUCCAAGAGCAGCUUCGAAUUAUGCAGGAACAACUGCGAUCGCUUAUGGAAGAUAGUGCCAGACGGAGAAGGAAGAGAGAAAAGACCAAAAAGGAUCUCAAACGAGAUGUCAUUAAAGACAAAGCGGGACCGCCAACGGCUUCUGUGGCUGAAAGUAACACCAUAGCAGCACCUUUGUCUGGACCGCCUACUUCUAUGGCAUCGCAGAAUUCCAUGGCGCCUUUGGGAGACAUGAAACUGCCAACCAUGCCCAUGCCAGGAAUGCCGGGUAUGGUCGAAUCCAAGUUGGUGUCGACUGGCAAACAAAUGAAACCGUCCAAGGUGAGUGCUAAUGCCGGUAGUCAACCCAAGAAACCGAGGUCUUCAACGUCCAAGUCGGCUGCUUCGGCACCGCCUGGCAAGAAGAAACCUGCCCCUCCACCCACAGGUGCUUUCGACUCGGAAGACGAAGACAAUGCCAAGCCUAUGUCGUAUGACGAGAAGCGACAGCUCAGCUUGGAUAUCAACAAGCUUCCAGGUGACAAGCUCGGUCGGGUUGUUCACAUUAUCCAAUCAAGAGAGCCAUCGUUACGCGACUCUAACCCUGAUGAGAUUGAAAUCGAUUUUGAAACACUCAAACCCUCCACGCUCCGAGAGCUUGAAUCCUACGUAGCCUCGUGUUUACGCAAGAAGCCGCGUAAACCAUACUACAAAAAGCAAGCUGGCAAGACGAAAGACGAAGCCAUGCGAGAGAAAGAACGGGAGCUAAAUGAGAGAUUGCAAGACGUGACUGGAAAACUGGGAUCAGCCAAGAAGGUCCAUCGCAAAGAAGAAGCUAAAGGAGCCGUCGAUGGUGCUAGUAGUGGAGCCGCAGGAGCCGGUGCUGCUUCCCGUUUGUCUUCGUCUUCGAGCAGCUCCGAUUCCGACAGUAGCAGUUCGAGUUCGAGUUCGAGUUCUUCCGAUUCAUCGGAUUCGGAAGCAGAAACAAAUGCACAGCAGCAGCAGCAACAGCGCAAGGCCAAGCGAAAGGAGUCCGAGGGCGAGGUGGUGGACGUAAUGAGCGUGACGCCUCGCCGAAGCUGGCCAACAAACGAAGGUGCUCACAAUCAGGGUGGGGGCGAUAGUAGUCAGCGGGCGCAUCCAUCGACUGGUAACAUUCAUCACCAGGCUCACCACCAACACGGCAAUCGUCCCGGCAACAUGACUGGCGCUGCUGGCCAUACCAAUAACUCUACUGCUACUGCCAAUAAUAAUUUGCCCUCACUCAUGGAGUCGUCAGCUCAAAAGUCGAACUCACAUGCUGGCCAGGGAACGCUCAAGCCACCACUACCGCCAGUGAUGACACCGCAGCAGCAGCCAACUCAGCAGCAACAACAGUCGCUGCCACAUCAGCAGCAACAGCAACAAGUUCGACCUCUGGCAAAUGCCGGAUCCAACCUGCCUCCAGGUUCCAACAGCCUCUUUAGUCCGCCGUCUGGCACGUCAUUGCCAUCUAUGGCUGAUAUGCAGCAACAGCAACACCAUCACCACCAACAGCCUAAUUUAUUCGUUAACGGACAGUCGGAGAUCAAUCAGCAACAGGCCGCUGGCUACGCUGGAAUACCGGGCUCUUCGGCUCACAACAGUAUGGUGCACGUCAAGUCGGAAACGCUGGGUCAGACGUCUUCGGGUGGACAGUAUGACUUCCAGGCUCGGAUGGAUCUUCCCAUGAACGAUUUUGACCAGCACCAAAAAGACAUGAUGCAAAUACCGAGCGACAAUCUUUUUAACUCUAUGGCGCAGCCACAGCAACAGCCGCUUCACCAUUCGCAAUCGCUUGGUGAUGUCAAAUCGAUGUCUCUUACCUCUAAUGUAUCGAGUCCGUCAAUGUCGAUGCCCGUCUCCGGUGGCAAACCAAAGUCUCAUUCGGCCGCCAUGGCUCAAGUGCGAAACGCCAGCUCGUGGUCCUCUCUAGCUGGCUCUUCCGGCCAAGGUGGCCCGCCAGGUUCUUCAAAGUCGUCCAACAUUGGCGAUUCGUUUCAGAUGUUUAAACGACAAGCCAAGGAGAAAGAGGCUCGUCAGAAGGCCCUGAUUGAACAGCAGGAGAUGCGUCGUCAGCAAAAGGAGCAAGCAGAAAGGGAAAGGAUGAGGGCCGAAGCUGAUCGAAGGCGUGAACGUGAAGAAGAAGAGGCUUUAGAGAAUGCUAGGCGAGUGGCCAUUGGUUUGCAAGAUGAAGCUCGUCCGUCACCUCCAACAAAGACGGGAUUGAGUCCAAUUCAGCAGAGUGUCGCUCCGCCGCCACAGCUUUCUUCGUCGGUCGUCAACAAAACACACCACUCACACGUGUCGGCCCAACAGCAACAUCGUACUUCACCCGCCCCUACACCCCCAUCGGCCCCUUCACCAGCAGCAGCCGUAGGUGGAGGAGUUCCUCUUCCUUCGCCGUCUCCUAAAGGACAAUCGGCGCCGAGCCCUGCUUCUUCAGCUCCGCCGAUGGGUGGCGCUUCAACGAAUGCUGACAAAGAGCGUGAAAGGCAGAGACUGAGGGAGCAAGAGCGUAGGAAGCGAGAAGCCUUGGCUGGCCAAAUUGACAUGAAUCGCCAAAGCGAUUUGAUGGCAGCGUUUGAGGAAUUGCUCUAAAAUCUGAACGAGUCUAGUGCUAUAGACGGAUCGCCGAGUUUACCCUUCAGAACUUUUUGUUAUGUGUACUGGCCAUUCAACCAUUACAAACUUGUUUCGUUACAUAUUUUGUUCUCUCUCUCUUUUUUUUUUUUCCCUCUUUUUUUGUGUCCUCGUUUGUAUUUUUUUUUUUUUUUUUUUUCCCUCUCAAUAAUGAUGCGACAUCUUUUCUAUAUCUUAUUUUCGUUUUUUCCCUUCUUCAUCUCCGCCGUGUCUUUUCUCUUUCAGUGGAAUCAAAUGUUGAAAGACAACUGUACCCCUCCCCUUCCCCCUCAUCAUAGAUUUAAGUUAACCAUAAUUUUUUAAUUAUUAUUCAAUUGGAAUUCAAUGCAAGGACUCCCCUGACCACCAACAUCUCCACACCCCGUUCAUCUCUACACCUCCCUUCCUUUUUUAAUUAUUAUUAUAAUUAAGUGUAAUCGAAUGUAAAUACUUAUGUAAUACGUAGGACUCAAUUGUCUGAAACCACGGAAUGUCAUCAUUGGAAACGUCAUGAGUACUCGUUGACAGUGUAGACUUAUCCAAAACAAAAAGAAAACAAACAAAAAAUGUGAAGAAAAAGAAAAGAUGACAAAAAUUACUUCAAGUCUUAUGUUUUUCCUCUAUCUCUAUCUGCCCUCUUAUGAUUCAUUUGAAAUAAAGAAAACCGAAGAAAAAAAAAUAACCUUAUAAAAACAGCACAAAUAAAAUUUGCUGAAUUCCUGUUCAAAAUUGUGCGAGAACUGACACGUUGUGGCAAUGAUAUUUUGUCGUGUCCCUGGAUUUAUUAUUAUCACUUUUUUUUUCUGAAAUGUGGAUUUUCAUUUACAUACACAACUUAGCCAUUA